AGAAGCAAGGCUACGGGCUCCGUUCUGUGUGCAUUCACGAAUCAGCUGUUCAAGAAGAAGCUUCCCACGGCUCGGACUUCGCUAGACCAUCGGGGGAAGGCGAAAACAUGGAUGCCGACUAUACCUUCAGGUCACGCAGAGGAUUCGGCAGGCAUACCAUGUUUCAGGAAAGUGCGAUUGACGUCAUCGACUGGGACACGAUAGCCCGCUGUGUGCUGAACCGCGCGGGCUCCACCGUUCUCGGUGUGCUGGCCUCGCUGGCGCUGCUGCUGCUGACCAGCCUGGGCACGCAGUGGAUACCCGAGCUUGGCUCGCCUGCCGUUCGCUGCGUCACCUGCCUCGGAGUGCUCCUCGUGCUGCAGGGAAGCGAGGCCAUGCCCACGCAGGCGUCUGCCUUCCUGCCCAUCUUCUUGCUGCGCCUGCUACAGCUACCUUGUCGCCCUGAUGCACUCAUCGUGGCCGUGGUUCUGUGCGAGUUAGCCGCCGCUUUCCUGGUGCUUGCCUCCGAACGCACUACGGCGGUGGACCUCUUCGUGCUGAGAGUGCUCCAAGUGACAGGCACGCGCAUGCGCACACUAUCCGUGCUCUGUGCCACAGUGGGUGUCUUCUGUAGCUGCCUGAUGGACACCAACGCGUCUGUGCUCGUGGUUGGCGCACUCAUCGCCGCCGUGGUCCGGGCCAUCCAGGAUGACGUUGUCCAGGGAUACCAUCAGCGCGCACUCUUCGACAAGGCCACCAGGCAGCUGCCCGCCGUGCGUCGGCGGCAGCUGGAGAGCAUGCUGUGGCCACAGCGUCUUGCGCACGGUGACGACGACGACCUGCCGCCGGAGAUGAUGGGUGCUGUGUCGCUCUGCGAGUCACCGCUGCUGAGCGUGGACAUGACGGAGGGCGCCUCGUUCGGGGAGUCGACGGAGGAGGCGCUGUGGGACUUCGUCAUGUACAACAGCGAGUUCACGGCCAAGAAACCACGCCCGCCCAAGCACACGCCUCCCGCGCAGCCGGCCUACCCGAAGCGCUCCUCACUGUGGGACCCGCAGCGCGCGCAGCGCAUCCAGAAGUGCACGUCGUUCGUGGAGGACGGCACUGUCGUCUUGCCGGGCGAGGACUCGCCGCUGCCCAAGCGUGGUUACAGCAACGCCGACGAGAGCAUACUGCGAGUGCCGAUUGCAUCACUGUUCGCCCAAGGCAUUGUCCGAGAUGUCAUGUUCUGGGAGACCAGGCGAUACGUGACCAUCUUCCAAAACCUUCUGUUAUGCGCGGUGAACGCCUCGGUGAUCGUGUCUUACAUCACGCUGUACACAAACGACGCCAACCGGUACCUUGUCGAGUACCUUCACAGGUACGGCCGGUACGGCGAGGACGCUGUGACCGUCGGCACUUGGUGGAGCCUGCUGGCACCGAUGAUGGUCGUGUCGUCCAUCACAUGGUGGCAAACCGUCAGUGGCGGAACCCUCUAUGACUAUGAUGCCCCAUUGAAGGUGGACGCCGAACGAACCAUCAAGGUGGCCCUGCGGAAACAGCUGAAUGGGUACAGAAACCUCAAUAACUGGCAGGUGGCUUCCGUGGUCGUGUUCUUCUGUUGGGUGUUGCGGCGAUCCUAUCCCUUCGUUUACAAUCUGCAGGAGGACCUCAUCGAUAACUUCGACGUGCUCACCGUAGACUUCGUCAUGGUGCUGGUGGCGCUGGCGUUGCCCGCUUCGUCGAGCCGUCUGCUGGAGGCGCCCAAGCGCGAGUAUGCCAACCUGUGGUUCCGUCUCCCGUGGACGGCCCUGCUGACGCUCGGCUGCAGCGGCUACAUGGCCGAAGCGGUGCGUACCGCGGACGUGGUCGGCUGGCUCACCCGCUGGGCUCCGCGCAGCGCGCAGUACAAGUUCGUCACGCAGCUGCUGCUCACGCUUGGCGCCGCGGUGCUCACAGAGUUGGUGGGCCGCAAGGCCACCGUCUCGGUCAUGAUGCCCGUCAUCAUGGACAUCGCCGCGGCGGUGCCAUGCAACCCGCUGUACCUGUGCAUCCCGGUGACCGUGGCUGCAAGCACGACGCUCCUGUUGCCAACAUCAUCAUUCGCCAUGGCGUACGUGUACGACCGUCUCGAGAUCGGACCGUGGGACCUGGUGUUCUGCGGUCUCGCGCUCAAACUGGUCAGCAUCGUGGUGACCAUACUUACAGUGAGCACGCUCGGGAACUUCAUCUUUCAUUGGAACCACAUUCCCGACUGGUUUUCCCUGCCCGUGACCUCAAACAGCACGGGUGCCGUGGUGGGCCACCAGCAAGGCUGGCAAUGACAACCUCUAUUCGUCCUGUGUACAUAGACUGGACUGCAACUGUUAACAAAUUUGCUAGUUUUUCGAGCUACGAUACUUUAUAUAUGAUACAUCUCAAUAAACUGCUACUGAAAAAGCGUUACGCAUUUAGAUAACGUAAAAGACAUAUUUUGCUUUAAAACUGAAA